AGAAGCUCCUGUAGCUUCUGUGGAUUUCACCGUGACGCGCUGAUGUUUGUGUCCUCAUCGGAACGAAGAAGAAGAAGAACCACCGAGGUGUCCGCGCUUCAGGAUUACCUGUGAGAGGAUACUUUUACAGAUACAGGCAGCAUGGAUGAAGAGGAGCAGUUUGUGAACAUUGAUCUGAAUGACGACAAUAUCUGCAGUGUCUGCAAGCUCGAGACAGAAACGGGGACCUUAUCAUUCUGUCAUGUCUGCUUUGAACUCAGCAUUGAAGGCGUCUCCUCUGCCACCUUGUUGCACUCCAAGUCCCUGCGGGGCCACAGAGACUGCUUUGAGAAAUGCCACCUCAUCGCCAACCAGAAGCUGUCACGAUCCAAGGUCUCCAGAAGUGCCUACGAGGGCAUGAAGCUGGCCCUCAGCCAGAAACUCAACCGUAUCAUCCAGUACGCUCAGAACAAAGACUCUGUCUCCUCCAACGGCCCCGGCAGACGGGGGGCUAAGCUCCUUUGUCUCAACCAGCAGAGCGACUGCAAGCUGCUGCCUCAGUCCGACGCCCAGGUGCCCAGGUACGCGCCCCGCUGGGACACAUGCAAAGCAACAGGGCUGCCCGAUUACACCAUGGGGAUGUUAGAGUGCCACACAGCGGAGGAGCUGGGGCUGCUGCAGGAGUCACAGUCUGAUGUUUGGUCAAGUGACGGCAGGAAAGGUCUGCACAGCCGGAAAGGGUCAUCAGGAGGAGGACAGACGCAGCACAGACACCUGGGACACAACACAGAUGAAUUGACUAAAAUGAGCGUGGACGACCUCCAUCAGCUGAACACCCAGCUCCUGAUUCAGAUACAAAAGGUCUUUGAGGAGCUGACUGUGGCCGUACAGGAAAAAGACUCUUUGGCGUCAGAGCUGCACGUGCGUCACAUUGCCAUCGAACAGCUCUUCAAGAACUGUGCCAAACUGCCGUGGCUGCAAAUCAGCCGGGCUGGGGUCAAGGCCACCAGCAACAGCAACGACGGCCCUGUGGAGUGAUGAGUGUGAUGCAGGGGAGGAAGCUAAGGAACACUUUAACAAACUGUCUCAAAGAGCCUUUGUGCACUCUGAGUGACUUUUAUGACGUUGGAGCAGCAUAAAGGGCUGGGUGGAUGUGGCCUCUGUUCUUGUGGUUACAGCGAUGAUGCAAGGAUUAAUGGUGGUUUGCAGUUUAAACAAACUGCUGGUAUGACCUGUGACUUGUAUUUCGCUCCACUCCUGCACCCAGAAAGCACGCUCAGACGAGGUUGGAAAGGGUCCCAUAACAUGAGGAGGACCAGUUCUCACUGGAGAUUACCCUAAAAAAACAAAUCCACUUUUACACAGACAGAAAAGAGUUUGUCUACAAAAUCAUCACACAUGAUUUCUGUUGGAUUUUAAGUUCUUUUUUGUUUUUGUCGUCAUUCAUUUCAGCUUUUAUAUUUUUUAUGAUGUGGAUACACUUUUAAGUUUCUCGUCAUGUCAGACAUAGAUGUUUAAAUAUGGGUUUUAGCUGUGCUUAAUGCUCCAUGUGUUAUCUGACGACAGUAUUUUACAACAUGGCUGUGAUGAAUGCUUGAUGCAGAUUACAGGAGCAAUGAUAAAAUGAGCAUUUCAGAUGCAUUUGCAACUAAAAAUAGAUGCGUUUGAAUGGUAACAUGUAUUAAGGAGCACAUGGUAUCCUCAGAGGGGGAAAUUAGCAUAAAGCUCUCAAUAAGCUACGCACUGUCUAUCAUGCUCCCACUGUCAGGUGCUGCCAAGUGUCUGAUUGCUCUUUUAAUGUCAAAGCAUUAACACAUUUAGCUUUUUCUCUGAGCUGCACAUUGUUAACAAAACAGCUUGAAAAUGUACUUUUAUUCUUGCCUUAAAACUGCCCUGAUUCACAGUUCGUGAAAACCUUUCUCCUCUGAGAUAUUCACCACUUUGUAGUCUUAUACCGAGAACGUGAAUUAAAGUGGGCUAAAUCUGCAGGGGGAAUUAGAAAUAGUUUAUGUUUAUGACAAAGCUUGGUUUCUUUAAGUAACUUGUAUAAGAUGGAAGAAUUGUGGCACAAAGACAAACAUUUAAAGCUAGGGGUAGGCCACCUUUGAGACCCUAAUAAAAGAAAUGUAGAUUUUGAUAGUAACCAAGUGUAAGCAUGCCAAGGACCGCCCCAUGAAACAAGGACUUGUUCUGCCUAUAGACGUAUAAAAUAUGGACGUGGUAUCCGUGACGUCAACCAUCUGUUUCUGAAGCGCUGUUUGAGUCCAGUCGGCGGCGGCAGCCAUAUUGCUGCUGUUGAGCGAUUGUGACGUAAAGAGGCGGGCUUUGAGCCUCCUAGCCAACAGCUACAGUGUUCCCGCCUGUCAAUCAAGUCAGCUGUGCCUCUCAUUGGAAGACUUGUAAUCUCAAUAUCUUCGAAAUUGCCGCGUUAGAAAAAAAUCCACCGCCUGUACAGUGUGAGCCAAUGGAGACUUGAGCUAUCCAGAGUCCACUCGUCUUUUGUACCAGGCUGUAAACAUGUUUAUUUCUGCUGUAAAGAUCGUCUUUUUUGAAUUGGUGUGUAUGUGGUUUCCAGUACUUCCGAAGCCAGCCUCAAUCGGAUCCUUGAUGAAUUGCAGUUUUUAGCACUUCGGCAUUGGACUCAUAUUUUUAGACCGGAAGUUGCCGCUUGGUUCUGCCUCACUUGUGGUGCAGAACAAGUCCUCUACCUUUUUCUGUCAGUCUUGUACAACUAGCUGGCUAGCUCUAGUUAUUGGAAAAGUUCCAAGUGCACAUGUAGUGUGUAGGCAGGUAGGCUAUCAAAUAAUUGCAUUCAUUCAAAUUAUUAGGAUGGAAUUCAUACGGAUAUAGCAAAAUAAUUUGCCAACUGCACCUUUAAAUUGGAAGGAGUCAGAGCUUUAAAACCCGUGCGGGCAGGCGAAAGACAAAACCCACAAAAAUGUAAAGCAUCGUUUCAACAGGGACAAAUCACAUUGUGAUGAUAAACAAGGCUUUAUUAGCUGCACAGAUUCUUGUGUGUGGGGCGAUGACCAUUUUGGGAUGUCCAUGAAUUAGAUUUAGAAACAUCUGUUCAGGAAGCAGCAAGUGGAUCUAUCAGCUAACAUGACCUCUACAUGAUAAUAUUCCUGCUGAAAGGGAAAGAUUUUUGUUGUUUUUAAACCAGCUUUGGUUUUAUAGUAGCUUUUAUUGAUGGUGACACUUGAUAUAAAGUGUGAACUGUUGUGUAGCUUUCAAGCACAAGCCGUACACGUGGCUUUAAACUAAAUGAAUAAGAAGAAGAAAGUUUAAUCUACUGGAAGAGAAAUCUAGCUGCCAAACCAAAGUCUCUAUUUGUUCUGUUACAUGUAAGGACUGCGAGCAUUUGACUCGGAUCCUGGUAAUCACUAAAGAUGGAUGAUGUGUCUCCACCUCCUCCUGUUGUACAGAAGUGAAGCCAAAAUACCCCCUUAGGAAGAAGCUCUUAGAGCUGCAGUGUCACCUUCAACAAACCAAAACACACAUUUACCUAACUGAUAAAACCACAAAGAUCCCUCAGGACGGCACUGUCCACAGCAGAAUAGACACUUGUGUCUUUGAAGCAGACACUGAAGUGACUCUAGUGACAGGCGAGUCAUUAGUCAACAGAGGUGUCAAUCAUGGUAUUAUACCUCUUUGUUAUUGUUUCAAAUAAUGAAUUAUAAAAAUGAACACUUGGACAUAAAUCAGCAUUAUAUGAAGUAACUAUGAUGACAGAAACCAUGUUACAGAGAAAUAUAUUUGAUGUGUAUUUUGAUUUUAAAGCUUAACCCAUGUCCCAUCUGUUAACAUGGAGGAGACAGGCUUUAUGACCUAUACUGCAGCCAGUCAGUAGGGGAAGCUCUAAAUGGCUUAGCUUCUCUUUUGGUAAGCUGUCCUGUUGCCCAUCUUUUUGUACACUUUAUGUUUUAAAUGAAAAGAGAAAAUUGCAAUACCAAACUGAUGUAAAACAAACGUGGCUUAGUGACUUUAAUGUACAUUGAAAUGAUUCAUAUCAAGUACAUUUGACUUUGAUUUUUAUCUCUGCUUUGUUUGUGCUGUGCUUAUGUUCAUCACCUUCUCUUCUGUAUUCAUGUGUGGGAGCUACGUUGAUGUCAGCAAUACAAAAAAAGGAAGAUUUUAGUCUGCUGUGCCUCUGGAGGUCCCUUAUUCUUUGACACAAGGAGACAAAGAUGGCGAUAGGGUAAAGUAAUAACAGUCAGUGUUGCAGAGUCCUGCAGUUUUAUUAUUCAGGAACCCUAUGCAAGAAAUAGAAACGAAUCAGAAGCCUUAUUGAGCAGAAGAUAUCUCAAAGGGUAUUGGUUUAUCAGUUAACCUCCGAGGAGUCCGAGCUUGUAGAGUAUUAUACGCUGGUGAAAGGACAAAGUUUGAACCAGAAAGAUGUUAAGAAAAUCUCAGCUUUGUCCGUGUAUCUCUUUUGUGCUCUCUUUGUAAGAGAUUAAAUGUAUUUGACCCCUUUUAGGGUUUUAAAGUUUAAAGGUUUUAGCUCCAUUUUAAACUUGUCUUCAGUGUGCUUGAAUGUUUGAGAGUAUUUAGAUUACUGGUCCUUAGAGUAACCUUUCACUCAUUUGAUCUUCAGUUGUGUGUUUUCAUAAUGAAUGCUGUGUUUUUUUUAUGUAUACUGUGGAAACAUGCCUGGGCUUGUGCUUCAGGCUGCCUGGCUUUAGUUUUUAGCCGUUUAUCAUUUACUGGAGAUGUAAAAAUACCUGUUACACUUCCACCUCCUUCCUUUUAGACUUGACUCUUUGUUCAUUUGUUUUCUAUUGUUGAACAAGGCUGCAUUUGUGUUGUGUGAUACAUUUCUAUUUAUUCUGUGUUCAUGGACCUAAAACAGGCUGUGUGAUUUGUGCUUAAGUGAUGGUUUGUAUCAUUUUGUAAAAUGUUUCAAUAAAAUUAAAACUAUUUUUACUACA